AUGCCUCAACGUAUCGAUAUAUCUCAAGUGCAAGAAACCUUUGGGUCUUCUAGUAUUGACUUGAUUAGUGCAGCACUCGGUGGCCAGGUACUCGGAUUCAGCGAUCAAUUCUUUGCAGAUGCUGAAAAUUUGAUCAACCCAGCGCCGCCUGUCCAUAAACCGGGAGUUUUUGUCCCGUCGGGGGCAUGGUACGAUGGAUGGGAAACCAGGAGGCAUAAUAAGGAACCGGCAGACUGGGUUGUAAUAAAGCUCGGAGUUGCCAGUGGAACAGUUCUUGGGGUCGAAAUCGACACAGCAUAUUUUAACGGGAAUCAUGCACCGGCAGUUUCAGUUGAGGGGACAUUUAUCGAUGGCGGUCAUCCUGAUACAAACACUACGUGGGAUGAGAUCCUCCCAAAACAGGAGACAGGUCCGUCCCAGCGACACCUUUGGAAACUAGAUGAACCGACAAAAAAGGCUUACUCACAUGUAAGGCUGAACAUGUACCCAGAUGGAGGGAUCGCUCGUUUCCGCCUUUACGGAAACGCUGUACCGGUCUUUCCCGUAGACCCAGAGUCGAUAAUUGACCUUGCCCAUGUAUCAUCCGGGGGACUAGCAGUCUCUUGCAGUGAUCAACACUAUGGUACUAAAGACAACCUGUUGCUCCCGGGCAGGGGCAAGGAUAUGGGUGAUGGUUGGGAGACUAAACGGAGUAGAGAGGCAGGUCAUAUAGACUGGGUGAUAGUAAAGCUCGGCGCGCCAGGGUAUAUUGAAGAAAUUGUAGUUGAUACACUUCAUUUUCGCGGUAACUAUCCUCAGGCUGUCGAGAUUUACGCGAUAAAUGCUGUGUCCGACCAUGUUGUGGCCGCGAGCGCACCCGAGUGGCAAAAGAUUGUCGAAGCAUACCCAUGCGAAGCAGACAAAGAACAUGCUUUCCCUUCAACAAUGCUGAAGGAUGUAUCAGGGAAUGUAGUGACGCAUGUGAAAAUGGUCAUCAUACCAGAUGGAGGAGUAAAAAGGUUAAGGGUUUACGGGAAGAGAGCGGUUAGUAAUUAG